AUGCCCAUAUUGGCUGACCAGUCUUCGACUCUGGAAAAGGCGGCGACAGAGGCACCACUUGGCAAGUAUGUUAUCUUUUGUUCUGCCUUUCUAGUCAUUGUGCUGCUGCUUCAAAAUCAUCGCUUUCUUCCUAUUGUUCAUGAAAACUAA